CAUUGUCAGUCUUUAUCGAACCCGCGUACACCUCGUACCGACCUUGUAGAUUCUUCGGGCAGUAGUUACGUACUUACUUGAUAUUUUAUAACCUAGCUGUAAUUAUCGUCGGUCGAAUUUCUGUACGGUUGCCGACACACGCUUCGCCGUAACGAAAUUACUUUGAAAUCGCGGUCGUUGUACCGAAAACACCGGAAUAUUUCACGAGUUUUCAUAUCACUCGGAUGGAAAGUGUAACAUGUACCCACUUGACCGUUUUUAAUCCAACAUUUUGAUAAGAUUCUGAACCUUGACAAGCAAAGAUGCGGUAAUGUGUCAGGAACACCUGCAAGUCAACGAAGAAAACGGUUGCGAAGAGUCAUCCGAGGUUUUUCUUUGUGUGCCAGAUGGUGGCGUUUGUUAUUUUCUCCACUUUUCACUCGAACAUGGAAAAUUAAUGGAUCUAUAAAGUGUGAUAAAAACAGUGGAGAGUGAAGUGAAGAGACAAGUUCAACGGAGUUCUGUGUAAACUUAAAAACUAGUGGAUAGUGUUGAUACAAUAACAGUAAACUGGUCCAUUAUCUCCCCGAAGCAAACGUCUCUUCCAAAAAAUGUCCGGAAGCAUAAAAAGGAGGAUGAGUUGGUACCAGAAAGCUGAAUCUGGCAUGAGGCUGGACACGCUGUUCGGCCGCCCUAAAAAGACGGGACGAGGGGGCGGGGUGGGGGGUGGUAUGAGCCAUAACACCAUCCCCCGUCCCAACUCCGGCGAUGAUUUCAGUGAGAUUGAACAGCAGGCAUCCAUCAUAGAACGGAUGGACGAAGAAACGAUGAAUGACAAAUUUGAAGAUAUGUUGAACGACAUGAAUCUUACGGAGGAGAAAAAAGCACCCUUGAGACAACAGCCGGAUAUGAAUAAGAGGAAAAUGUUGGUGAUGCACUGUAAAGGCAGCAUACAGGAGAACAGAUCAAAGUUCGACAAACCUGCGGACUACAUACAGUACCUGGCCCAGCCCGAGUUGAGCGUAAAUAAAAUUUACAAUUGUAUAGAAUCACUGAGGAUCGCUUUAACUAAUAACCCACUUAGCUGGGUUCAGGAAUUUGGAACCAAGGGACUUAGACAGGUCCUCGCAACCCUCAACGAGUGUUAUAGAAAUGCUUUCAUAUGUUAUGAUAGUGAUAAUCGAUACGAAAGAAUACAGUACGAAUGUAUUCGCUGCUUGAAAGCGAUAAUGAACAACACCGUUGGAAUAAAGGAGAUGCUCGCGCAUCACGAAGCUUUAACAAUAGUUGCUAGAUCUUUGGAACCAACAAAACCGGCGGUCAUGUACGAGGCCGUCAAACUCCUUGGUGCAGUCUGCUUAAUUUCCAGUGACAGUCACAAAAAAGUUUUGGACGCAAUCACAAUGAACGGGGAAUUCAAGGGGAAAGAAAGGUUCCUUCCAAUUGUUCAAGGAUUGGUCAACAAAAAGAAUGAAAAUUUAAGGGUCGUCUGUCUACAAUUAAUAAACUCAAUAAUCUCAUCAGCGGAAGACUUAGACUUCCGGUUACACCUGCGAAACGAAAUAAUGCGAGUUGGGCUGGCAGACCUCCUGAUUCCACUUGAGAAAGAUACGUCCGAGGAUCUGGCAAAUCAUUUGAAGAUCCUCAAGGAACACAAAGAGGAGGACUACGAAGAAUUUGUUCAAAGAUUUGACAACGUUAGGCUAGAGUUAGACGAUGUUAACGACUGCUUUGAAGUUGCCAAAAAUAUGGUUAUGGAUACGCCCGCUGAACCAUACUUUCUAUCCAUCCUUCAACAUCUACUUUUUAUCAGGGACGAUGCGUUAGUUAGGCCAGCGUACUACAAACUCAUUGAAGAAUGUGUAUCACAAAUAGUGUUGCACCGGUCUGGAUGUGAUCCGGACUUUAGUGCCACCAAACGUUUCCAAAUAGACGUACAGCCGCUAAUAGAUACUCUGGUUGAAAAAUCGCGGGCAGAAGAAGAGCAUCGUUUGUUGGAAAUGGGUCAGAAGCUUGAGGAGGCUAUUGCCAGUAAACAGGAGGCGGAAGCAAAGCUUCAACACGCAGAAACUAAGAUCAAGGAACUCGAACAGGGUGGAGCAGUACCCGGAGGUGGAACUAAAACCGGCGGUGGUCCACCUCCCCCUCCGAUGCCAGGAAUGGUCGGCCCGCCUCCACCUCCGAUGCCCGGCAUGACUGGGCCUCCGCCACCUCCGAUGCCUGGAAUGAGUGGACCGCCUCCACCGCCGAUGCCAGGUGCGGGCGGUGGUCCACCACCUCCGCCUAUGCCCGGUAUGGGAGGACCGGCACCGCCGCCUUUCCCAGGUAUGGGCCCUCCACCUCCCCCCAUGAUGGGAGGAAUGGCACCAAAGCUACCAGCUGGAGCUGUUCAAGUCCUGCCGCACGGAUUAAAGCCGAAGAAGAAAUGGGAAGUGGACGGUCCUUUGAAGAGAGCGAAUUGGAAAGCGAUCUUACCUCAAAAAUUAUCAGAAAAAUCGUUCUGGGUUAAAGUACAGGAAGAAAAGCUUGCCAGUCCAGAUAUUCUGACUGGCUUGGCGCAGAGAUUUGCUUCUAAACCAACUGGCAAAAAAGUUGAUAACGUCAUCGAUAAGUCAGCACCGACGAAGAAGGUCAAAGAUCUCAAAGUUCUCGACGGCAAAUCUGCCCAAAAUAUUUCAAUUCUUCUUGGUGGUACGUUAAAGCACAUGUCGUACGAAGAAGUUAAAGUUUGUUUAUUGAGAUGCGAGGGUCCCGUUAUUUCCGACAAUGUAUUGCAAGGAUUAAUUCAGUAUCUACCUCCACCCGAUCAGCUCACUAAACUACAACAAUUUAGAGACCAGUAUGAAGACUUGACAGAAGCCGAACAAUUCUGCGUAACUAUAUCAGAUAUCAAACGACUAUUACCAAGACUGAAAUCACUCAGCUUCAUGUUACACUAUGAAGAAUUAGUUCAAGACGUUAAACCCGAUAUAGUUGCGGGUACUGCGGCGUGUGAAGAGGUGAAAAUCAGCAAAAAGUUUGCUAAAAUACUUGAACUGAUUCUUUUACUUGGUAAUUACAUGAAUACUGGUUCCAAAAACGGUCAAGCAUUUGGGUUCGAAAUCAGCUUUCUUACUAAGUUAACAAGUACGAAGGAUGUGGAGAACAAGCAAACUUUGCUACAUUAUCUCGUUGACACCAUUGAAAGAAAGUUCCCAGAUUGCGCAAACUUUUCAGACGAAUUAGCUCAUGUAGAUAGAGCCAGUCGAGUUUCUUUGGAGAAUGUUCAGCGCACUCUUCGGCAGAUGGAUGCUAGUCUGCGUAAUCUGGAACAAGAUUUGUCGAAUGCUAGACUUCCGCAAAACGACAACGACCGAUUUGGAGAAGUUAUGACACCAUUUGCAAAAGAAGCACGAAAAUCAUAUGAAGUGAUGCAGAACAUGUUUAAAAAUAUGGAUAGUCUUUACACCGAUAUUUCAGACUUCUUCACCUUCGACAAGCAAAAAUACACUAUUGAGGAAUUCUUUGGUGAUAUUAAAACCUUCAAAGAUGCUUUCGAGCAAGCACGAAAAGAAAAUUCAAAAAUGCGUGAAAGCGAAGAGAAACAACGGAGGGCACGGGAAGGAAGAGAAAAGGCAGAAGCAGAACGUGCGGCGCGUGCUGAAAGGAAACGUGCUUUAGUGGACAUGAACGCUCACGAAGCACAAGAAGGCGUCAUGGACAGUCUGAUGGAAGCUCUGCAGACUGGAGCUGCGUUCAGUCGACCUGAUCAACGUCGCAAGCGGCAAACUCGUGCUGCUGGUGCGGAAAGGAGAGCACAACUGAAUAGGAGCCGAUCACGUACAGGAUUAUUAGGAAGAGAACUAUCAACGGAACUCUUAAGCUCAGCGUAGCAUUGUGAUGAUGGUGAUGACGCUGUGUGUUCGUCAUGAUUUCGACAUUGCGAUAUAUCAAAGGAGACUUUUUAAUCUAGUUAUAAAUGCUAACCACGCUGGUUGAGUGGUUAUAAAAGGAUAUCGAAAAUCGCAAUGGAAUCCACAAGGUCGACGAACCGUUGUGUAACCUUGUAAAUUUUUUUUAUUUGCAAUUAACCCACAAAAGUCUUCCUUGUGUUAUUAUGCGCACAAUCGGAUAUAUUCAGUUAAUAUGUAUAAAGAGAAUCGUUCGGAUUUUCGUAAUGGCUAAAGCUUUGUACAUUUUAUGUAGAGUAAUUAAUUAAUGUGAUAGGUUAACUGUGUAGAGUAGGGCAGAAGGAGAAUUGCCACGCGAUAACAGUCAUGAGCGAAUGAUAUCACAAAUUAAUAACACUUGCAUAUGUGUGUGUAUGAGUAUGUGUAUAUGUAUAUAUAUAUAUAUAUAUAUAUAUACACGCGUAUGCAUAUGUAUACAUAUCCAUAUACAUACUUACAGAACAUACAUACGUACGUAUUAAAUUAUAAAUAAUUUUCACGUGUAUUUAUGACGCGAAUUAGUAACUUUAUUAAUAGAAAAAAUAUGCGUGAUAAUGUAAUAUAGCAAAGUUUUAUAUAUUUAUAUAUAUAUUAUAUAUAAUUUACACAUUUAUAUGUAUUAUAUAUAUAAAUAUAUAUGUAAUUAUUCUAUCUUUGUCUCAUUCAGUUUAUUUGGCUUUCUUUCUUCUUCUCUAUUCGUAUGAUUUUGUAAGUUAUAAUAAAAAGUGUAAAUAGUGCAAUUUAGGACCGUGGUACAACCACAAGCACGAAGCAGUUGCUAGGUAGCAAAGUUCAACGUCAAUUAAUGUAUUUCAACUGGCACUCGUUGGUAUUUGAGAACGAAAAAAUAAUUUAAACAUGACCGUAUCUCUUUCAUAAAUGAAAAGUGGAUGGGGAUACGAGUGAAUUGUUUAGUUUGUUAACUGUCUAUGAGUUUCAAUUACUAGAAGAGAUUAUAUUAUAAUAAAGUGCAAAAAGACUAUUAAUUUUUUAGGCACGACUGUAUAGAUAACGCUAAGAAUGCUUAAUUAUUGUUUAUUCCGGAGAUUAAUUAAAUAAUUGAUUCAUUUUAGAAUCGUGUAUGAUAUUUACUGCCAAUUUUUAGUGCCUUCUGAAACGCAGCAAUAAUUGUGCCAAAAUUUUGUUGGCAAGUUUUGCAAGUAGUGUUUUGUGACCUCAAUUCAGAUGAUAUUGUGGUAAUUAGAAAAUACACUCAUUUGAAGACGCUUGCCAAAUUUUUAUGUACCAUUUGAAAAACAUGCUCGCGUUUCACAUGGGUCGUCUGUAAAAGUGUCUGAUAUUUGUAUGAGUUGUGCCUAAAAACUUAUUCUAAAUAUAUGUAAUAAGAAAUUUAUUUUUUCGAAUCUCGAAAUCCUCUGAAAUCGAAUACUUUUAUAUGGUUAAAAAAAAUUUCCAUAAAAGUAAGUGAACGAGGGUACUGUAAAAAUAUUGUGAAUACGUGGUUUUAUAAUAUCAGAAAUCAUAGAUGAUUAUUAAUAACGAGAAUUUUAUGU